AUAGUCAUUGACCUCAAUUCCCAAACUCUGGUCUUGACUGCCCACUCCCCAGUAUCUCGAGGAAGAGGCGAAGAAUAGAGUCAAUUGUGAAGAUGGUGAGAGUGGCAACGUUUUUCGGGAUAUCAUUUGGGGCCUUUCUAUUUUGGCAAUCAAUGGAUAGAGUCCACGUCUGGAUUGCUCUUCACCAGGAUGAGAAGAAGGAAAGACUUGAAAAGUUGAUGGAGAUCAGGAGGGUCAGAGAAGAGCUAUUGCAGCAAGCUAAGCAGACAGAUACUCUAGCAUGAGCCACAGCUACUUAUGUGGUCAAAUUUCUAUUUCCUUUAUUUCCCUCAAGUGCUGGUAGCUCUUUGAGCUUCUUUUUCAAAAACAUUGUAACAAAAUAAUUGAUUUGGCAAAUUAGUUUUGCUUAUGUCUUGAACAAUUUUCUUCCUUGUUGCUGAUUUAUCAAAAAUAAUUAAUACUCGUUCUAUCAA